AUGGUCAUCACUGACAGAAACACCGGCACCCCUGUACCUAAAAAGGAGCAGCAGAAGAAGAAGAGGAGGAAGUCUCGCCCUCAUGGCCUGCCCUCUCCGGCACUCUGCUGUGCCUGUGGACUAUGCAUCAUGCUGGCAGGACUCAACAUCACUCUGGUGGGGGCAUUCGCCUUCAGGACACUGGUGCCUUCUGCCAACCCCCCUAUCAUCAUCGGACCUAUCCUACUGCUGGUGGCCUUUUCAUUUUUCGGGGCCUGUUGUGUGUGCAGUCGCCUUCCCCCUCCCCACAGUUCACGGAGGUCUAAGGUGGGCGGGCGGGGCACAGGAUUGAUGGGACAUGGUGGGCUAACUGGUGGGGCAGCAUUUGAAAUUGAGACCAGUGAGCACACGCUGCAGGAUACUACAGCUGUGCAGCUCAGCCCCACAUCUUCCCCUGGAUCAUCCCGGGCAUCCAGCCCUGAAAAGGAAGCUCCUGACGCGGCCCUACCGGGCUCCUGCAAGCUCCUCACCAUGGAGACCAACGGCCCUUCUUCAGUUUCCGCUACUGCAACCUACUCAGCCUCCACAGCAGCAGGAGGGGAGGUGAGGCUCUACCUGCCACGUGAAGAAGUGGUCACCUAG